AUGCUCUUCCGGCGCAACAAGCGCGUCCAGUGCUGGUACUGCAGUACACGCCUGCACCUCCUCCCGCCAGCAUCAGCCCGCCAACAGCUCGCCAAGGGCAAGGGCCGCGCCGUCGACAACCCGCAACAUGUCGACGGUCCAGUCGCUGUCGGCACCAGGGACGAGUUCUGGUGCGGCGAGUGCGGCCAGAUCACAAAGCACGACCAGAACGGCGAGGUCGUGUCGGACGACGCCGCCUUCUUCGAUCCACGCCUCAACGACGAAUCGUUCGCCAAGCGCGGCUCUCCAAGUCGGCACCGCCUCCCCUCCUCCUUCGCGACCGCCUCGACCACGCCCUUUUGCCGCCUGUGCCUCGCCAACCAGUCCCUCCAGCUGCACCUCCUCGCCUCGUACCCGUCCGACUCGGAACUCGACCCGGACGACCCCGACUCGGACCUCUCGAGCUUCCCGCCGCUCGACACCUACCGCGAGUCGCUCGACGCGCGGUACCCGCUCGUGUGCGCGUCGUGCGCACCCGCCGUCGAGAACUCGAUCCGCGAGAGGGACUACCGCGUCAAGGCGCAAGCGCUUGGGUGGCGGUUGAGGGAGAGCCAGCGCGCGAGGGAGCGAGAGGAGCGCGUCAGCGAGGAGAAGAGGAGGAGCGAUGACUGGAGGUGGACGGUCGAGGGGUGGGCGUGGAGGGCACGAGGAGCGGCGUGGGUCGCGACUGGCGUCGGGAACGUCGGUCUCGCCGGUCCCUACUUCGCCGACGCGUCGGUCGAGCACCUCAACCUUCGCGCACGACAUUUUAUCGUACCGCUUGCCCUCGUGUCGCUCCUGUGGAGCUUCUGGGACCCGACCUGGUCGCGCACGCGGCUCGAGCGGGCUCGAGGGAGGAGCCCAAGCGUGCAAGGGCGGUCAUUGUACCUUGCCGUCCAGAUGUCGGCGUACCUCGUCCGCCUCGUCGCCGCCUUCGCCUUCCAGUUCCGCCUCCUUUCGACCGCACGCGCCUCUCAACUUGCCGUCGCCCUCGUCAUCAUCACGAUCGCCGCCCUCGCGUCCGCCCUGUACCUCCCCCGCCUCAAGCCGCCCACCCCGAUCCGCCUCGCCCCUCGACCCUCGCCCGCCUCGGGCACCUCCACCCCGGCCACCUCGCGCUUCCCGCUCAGCCCCGCCGCCGACCCGCUCGAGCCUCUCGCGCACCUGUCCCUCUCGCGCCCGGGCAGCCUCCUCGCGCCGAGCCCGCCCGCGACGCCGACGAGCCCGAGGGCCGGCUCGCCUUCCGCCGCGUCGAGCAGGGCCGGUACGCCACGAGCGCGUACGUCGAGCGCACCGAGGGCGCGCUUGCCGAGCUUGAGCCUGCGGCCGUGGCGGGCAGCCGGCGGCGGCGCGGCGGCGGCAACGGCGAUGGACCACGACGGCGACGGCGCAGGCGACGCCGACAGCAGCAUGGACUGGGCGCCGCUCCCGCCCGUCGCGCCGAGCGCGCCAGCCUCGCCGUUCGGGCAGCAGCAGCAGCAGCACGUCACGUUCGCGAGGCAGCGGUUCGUCCCGCCCGACACGAGGCAGCCGACGGGGCUCGAGGGCAUGUUUGAGCGCGUCGUCGCUGUGCGAGAGGCGGCGGACGAGCGGCGGGACGGCGAGGUCGAGAGGAUGCAGGGCGUCGAGAUGGCCAAGCCGGCGAGCGGCAGUACGUGGUGGAGGGGCUGGCUCGGCGGCAAGUAGUCACUCUCAUUGCUGUGAUGUGCAACGAUGAAUUGAGUACAAC